AUGGCAAACACAAACGCCCCACUUCCAUUCUUCUCGAGCUGCGACGUCGCCGAUGCAUUGCAGGUGCUCAGGAAGAGCGAGAACAUCCCCAACCUGGAGGCGGCCGGUUACGUUCCUGACAUUCAUCUCUGGAGCCCACUGUUCAAGGCCGGCAACACCCGUGGUAACAUCCCACUUCUUGCUCUCUUCUCCAAGGGAAUGGUCCCAAUCACAGACAAAAGUGCACCAAAACUGAGCGAGCACUUUGCAGACACGAUCCCCGAGGGUUCAGUGAUCUGUAUCUCGCAGCCCGAGAAUAUGGCCAAUGCCGUUUGGGGUGGUCUCAUGACCGCUCGUGCUCAGAUCCGUGGGGCCCUGGGGGUUGUUGUCGAUGGUCGGAUCCGGGAUCUUAACGAGCAGCGUGAAGCUGGCUUCCCUGUCUUCGCAAAGACAACGUCGAUCAUGGGAGCAGGAGACCACACAAGGGCAUCAAGGAUCAACGUCCCCAUUACGAUGCAGCCCAACAAGGACCACCCGGCCGUGACGAUCCAUGCGGGCGACUAUGUGGUUGCGGAUGCGGAUGGCGUGGUCGUGAUCCCCAAGGAUCUGUUGGCCAAGGUGGAGGCACAGUGCAAGAAGGCGACUGCAAUUGAUGAUCAGUGUAUGACGGCGUUGAAGAAUGGGGAGGGGAUCGCGGUUACUUUUAAGAAGUACCGUGGAUAA